GAUAGAUCCGUACCCAAGCACGUGACACACCCUUGAUACACGCCGUUGUACUACGACCGUUUGGUUCAAAAACCGUAAAACAAUCGUGCCCGGCGAUCGCAUACAGGAGAUCGAUCGCAUCCAGCCACAGACAUUCGGGUGCCCCUGUAUGCAGCUUUCUGAAAGCACUCCACCAUGGGUGAAACGGAACCACUGAUUGUGAGCUACCAAGACAAAUGGUACGAUCUGACAGACUUUGCGCACAAACAUCCCGGUGGGAAAAAUUCUCUCACCGGUCUGCACAACAAGGACAUGGCGGAGCGGUUCGAGCGUGCCCCGGGACAUUCGCAGGCGGCCAAGUACCUGAUGAAGGAGUACCAGCUGAACCGAUCGUCCCACAAUCCACAAACCAAACCGAACGGUUACUCUCUAAACGGUGCCAAAGCAACGGUGAACGGGACCGUUACGAAUGGGUACAGAAAUGGUGUCAAACCGACGACGAACGGAUUACACGCGAAUGGCGAUGUAACGCACCUUACGGACGAAAGUAUGGAGUAUCUGGUGGACUGGACCAAACCGAUGCUUUUCCAAAUACACAAAAUCGGUGACAAAUAUGCCGAAUGGGUAAACAAACCCGUCGAUCGCGAGCUACGUCUGGUCGGACCGGGCUGGGUGGAAAACAUGACCAAAACACCCUGGUGGAUCGUGCCCGGCUUCUGGAUACCAGCCAUCUGCUACAUUAUCGUCCAGUACGGGGCGAAAGAUUUGGCCAACGGGCGGGGUUGGCACGAUCCGAACCAAUCGUUUGUUACGGUUGAUCUGUACCUGCAUCUAGUCAUCGGUGCGGUGGCCUGGACACUGCUCGAGUAUUCGCUGCACCGUUGGGUGUUCCAUCUCGAUCCAAAGGGCAAUCGAUUCCUGCAGACGUUCCACUUUCUGAUACAUGGCCAACACCACAAGGUACCGUUCGAUCCGUACCGGUUAGUGUUCCCGGUGCCGCCCGCCAUACUGUUGACGACCAUCUUCUAUCAACCCAUAUACUAUGCGUUCCCAUAUCCAAGGCUUACACUAGCGGGUGGUUUAAUAGGCUAUCUCAUAUACGACAUGAUACAUUACUAUCUUCACUAUGGUAGCCCAUCCGGUGGCCAUCUGUAUCACAUGAAGCGGUACCAUUAUUCCCAUCACUUUGUCCAUCACGAUCAAGGCUACGGUAUAAGCAGUGACAUCUGGGACAAACUGUUCGGGACGCGCAUUAUACUAAGAAAGCUUAAGUAUCUUUUAAAGUGGUAAAGCUGACAGAAAACUCUAUCCGGCUUCUGGGUUCAAUCCCGGUUUAUUCCAUCCCUGGGGAUCGGGUUGUCUGCACUAAAUUGGGCUGUUAAUCUUUUCAUAAUAAAACUUGAGCAACUUUUGUCGCGGUGCAUUCAAAUGGGAGAUACAAGUUGCAUACUUAACAAACAGUGUUGUUUUGUUUUU